AUGAGGCGGACAUCCUUAUUUGGUGACAAAAAACCCGAGAGAGACGAGAACGAGUACUCUCCAGUUCUCAGUAAGUAUCAAUUAAUAACAGAGAAGUACAGUGGAUGUGGAGAAAUGCUGAUUCCAUGUUCAGUAGCUGCAGAGGUGUGCCGGAUUGGCUUUAUAAUCUCUUCCAGUUUUGAUAAGGAAAAUAAAGAAGUUUCUGAGAUGAAAGAAACGUUUGAAAUGGUGAAUAACUCAAUGAACACAAUUCGAUACACUUUAGACGAACAACGACGCGUCCGAACACUGAUGGGCAUCUUCUGCGACAUUUUGGAUAUCAUCGACAAUUGCAAAAACAAAGAAGACGAGAAAACACGUCCCUUCGAACUCAAAAAAGCGAAGACGGAAAAUUUGAAAGAGACGCUCAAGAAUUUUGGGAGACAAAAUUCGGAGAACGUCGGGAAACAAGUGAACAAGUUUGAAGGAGAAAUCAUCGAAUUUAACACCCCGAAAAUCACGUAUUUGCUCUCCCUUGCAACACAGUAUUUCGUCCGACCUUUUCCAACACUUCAACUGAUCUUCGCGCAGUUAAAAACCCAAUUGGGACUAAAUAAAAAUUAUGUGGAUAACUCGUUACUGACGUUUUGUGAUUGUGCGAGUCGAAUAAUGUCAAGUUCUGUGAGUGGGACUCAAUUUGAAAAAUCACUCCUUGUCGGUCUGCAGGGAAUGGUAAAUUACUUGAAUAUUGAUUUGGGUGUUCGUAACACGCCUCGACUGAAGUCGUUGGAACUCUUUUCAACCUUUUCCGAAAUGCAGAAGAAAGAGAACUUCGAAUGGAUGGAGAGCAUCAUCAAAAACAUGUACGACUUUUUUUACACGGACGUCCGUGCUACGAUCUCAUUUUAUGACGUUUUGGAGGCAAAUGACUGCGAUUUGUUUCUCUCAUUGACGCAAACAGACGCGCUGCAGAAGAUCGCCAAUUUUUUGGACGCAAUGGAAGGCGUUUGCAGCUUUGUUGAAAUGAUCAUCUCAAUCUUUGGGAAAAACACAUUCAAGAGAAUGCCCUAUUUUUUGAAGGAACUUGUGGAAUUGAACAACUGCCUCAUAUGUAUAAUAACUGCUGUCACUGCAAACAUGUUUGCUCGUAUUGCGAGUGACAAGAACAACUCUGCGCAACUUCGGCUUGCGAAUAUCACACUGGCAAUAUCGCUCAAAACCAUCGUUAAGGAUUUACUUCCCUUCACUGAAAAGUUCAAGAACGACGAUGGACAGCUGACUAACGUCUUUUCAAAGGCGCUGGACAUCGAAAACAAAGAUGAAGUGAUUGAGAUGACGGAAUUAAAAAAAGUGAAAGACCUCAACGACAAGUUCGAACUUGUUUCGUACACUUGCGAGAAGGAACAAAUUUUAUACAUCAAAAGUACUAUUCGGUCAAUUUUGGAGCAGCGGAGUUUAACACCACAGGAAGUCUCCGAGGCCCAAGCGUGUGGUGUGUAUCUUCGACUCUAUAGCGGGUGUGAUAAUGAAGCUCAAGAACUUCUUACAAGUCUCGACGAAGUGACGAUAUCGUAUGACUUCUUUGGAUUUAUCCCACACAUCCUCCUCUUUGUUCGUGGCAUCUCGCCAUUUUUCAACCAAACGCCGAAAGCACAACUUGCGCUUGUACCCUCGGCGCUUGGCAAUUUUGACAAGACCCGGUUUGUGUUGGACGAGAACACAGAGACGUUUGAGUGGCGAGAAUGCUUCAAUGUUGAUGCCUCAAUGAACAACAUAUGUUGGGCAAAUGUCGUCAGUUUGUUGAACGUCCAUGCGUUCCAAAUGGUUGAGUACACCACUUUAGAUCGGAUGAGUUUUGUCUCCAACGAGGAGGUGCGGAGUUUUGAGAGUCUCAACAUUGAAGACGUGUAUGGUUCCCGUAUUUCUGCGCGCCUUAAACGUAUUUUCGUUCCGGCAAAGUUCUCAAAAAUCUUUCGAGAUUAUUUUGCGGAAGCGAUCUUGCCACUCAUCAAAUUGUCGUUCACCUCCGUCAUUUUUGACAAGUACAAAAACGCAAAGGAAAUUCUCGAGAAAAACUAUUUGGAUGGUUUACUUCCUAUUAAUUAUAGUUUACCGCCCAUCAAAACGAAAAGCGAUCUCAAACAAUUGAUUAUCCAGAUUGUCCACAAGUUCAGAUCAGACGAGAAGUACAUCAAUGACGAAAAUGUGUGGAAAGAGAUGCUAUCAACUCGUUAUUUUUCUUCAGCAAUGAAAGGUGUAAAUUUUGAAGAAUUGUUUUAA